AUGAAACGCGUCCAGAAUGCCAGCGCUGCCAGCGGAUGGGGACCCAAUGCCCUGGCUCCUACUUUAGCCAAAGCUGUACAUGCUGUUUCGCCGUACCCGACCAAAAGUCGUGUGCAUCUCCCACACGCGUCCAUAGAUGAAACUGUGUCACCGAAACUGGUCGCUGGCGCCCUAGACCAGCAGUACAGAGAAUGGUUCUGUGCAUUUAUCGAUGCCCAUUUUCCCGUAUCAACAUAUGCUUAUAUCAGCCGCAUUGACGUCAACUGGUUCAACGUGGCUCGCAACCACGAGGGAUCUUCGGGAAAAGCGCUUGACUGGGCCUUGCGCAGCCUCGGAUCUCUACACAUAGGCAGAGUACAUGACAACGAGGGGCAGGUUAUGGCCAGCCGCGAAAUGUAUGGUCGCGCGUUGCGACAUCUCUUCUGGAGCAUCAAUAAACCAUCAUUAGUCGCCGCUGACGAAACACUUGCCGCCGCCAUACUACUCGGAGGUUACGAGAUGGUCAAUCCUACAGGCCAAGGGACGUGGUUGCUGCAUUCGCGUGGCAUCUCUGGUCUCUUUUGUCUACGGGGACCACAGGCGCACGUCCGUGGGCUUGGUCGGAAUCUACUCGCAUCUUUUCGAGGGUUCCUAGUAUUCGAAGCCCUCACCCGGGGUGAAGCGUGUUUUCUAGAGCGCCAAGAGUGGAGGGCGAUUACCUCGGACACCAUCAAGGCAGAACAGCAGCUCGGCAAGGCCUGCCGUCUCUGCGAGCUGAUUGAAUACGCAUUCUACGAAAUUGCCCAAUGCCCAGGAUUUUUGGCGAGUACGAGGGCCGUAGUCGCCUAUUCCCCCACAAAGAAUAUGACGAAAAAGCAUCUGAUCUAUCGCAUGACCCGUUGCCAAAAAGCAUUACGUGAUCUACAGUCACAGUUAUCGACUGGCGUCCGGGUUGCUCGCCAAUCAAAUAACCCGGAAAACGGAAGUUUCAUUGGGCUAAUUCCCCCUUCUGUAGCUGAUACCUUAGGGGUGUUCUCACUUGAAGGGGUCAGUUCCGCUAUAGCGCUUAUUCAACAACUGUUGUCAGUCCUGGAGUCCGAUCGCACUCGAAGAACCAUGAAGUCGCUGUCGGUUUUCCCAGCCAACGAUAGUAUCUGGAACUUGGUUAAAGAUUCUACUGUGAUAGCUAGGAUGACUCGCGGGAGAAGCAAUUUGCAGCUGGCUGGGCCUCAGGCUCAGGAGGGGUCGGAAACUUGGCUUGACCCGCUCUGUAUGUCAAUGGGUAUGCAGGCAGCGAUACCGCCUAUCUGA